AUGGCGGCGCUGCCGCUGCCGCCGGGGCUGCGCCUGCGGCUCCGUGAGGGCAUCCCGCAGGACCCCACCCGGGAGCUCCUCCGGGAGCCCCCUCAGCCCCCCGCUCAGCCCCUGCCGCCCUUCACCUUCGCCCCCCGCCGCCUCCGCCUCGGCCCGCAGCACCCGCUGCUGGAGGACGGGGACGUGCACAGGCACCUCUACCUGCAGGGCGUCCUCACCAGCCUCGAGGAGGUGGCCGAGAGACCCAAGGUGUCCGAGUUCAGCUGCCACAUCUCCGGGUGCUGCCAGGUGUUUGACACGCUGGAGGGCUACGAGCACCACUACAACACCCUGCACAGGAACGUCUGCUCCUUCUGCAAGCGCUCCUUUCCCUCAGGGAACCUCCUGGAUAUCCACAUCUUGGAGUGGCACGACUCGCUCUUCCAGAUCAUGGCCGAGAAGCAGAACAUGUACAAGUGUUUGGUGGAAGGCUGCCCAGAGAAGUUCAAGAGCAGCAAGGACAGGAAGGAUCACUUGGUGACUGUGCACCUUUACCCUGCUGACUUUCGGUUUGAUAGACCCAAGAAAGUGAAAAGGAGAGCUGAAGGCACUGGUGUGGUGGAGGCGGAUGCCAGGCUGGAGAAGCAAAGGGAAGGGUCACAGCUGAGCCAGGGACACGCAGGAACCAGGCAGCUGCGCCAGCAGAGAGGACACCUGGGAGUCUCCCUGAGCAGCAGGAACUGGCACCACCCGGGGACACGAGGGACGGGCGGGCACGAGGCCGGGCAAAGUGCACAGCCAGGUGUGGUGAGAGGCAGCCAUGGAGGGCCCGAGGCUCUGCAGCAUCACCGUCCUGCUGGGCACUGCCCUCCUCCUGCUGGCACCCAGCAGCACCCAGGCUCUGAGCAGCUCCGGGCGGAAGGGCCUGCCCACGGACCGGGAUUUGGACAAGGAAAUCAUCUCGGGUGUGGAUGUGCUGGAGGAGCGAGAGCUCUCCGAAGAGGUGACACCAGGAUGAUGCCAGGAAGGUGGAUGUCCGUGAGCCACCCCGGAUGCUGACCCUGCAGGUGCAGAAUGGCCCAGAGGAGGACCGUGACCAUCUCUACCACAGCUGAGUGCAGAUGUGCCCAGGCUGUGAAAUGAGGUGUGGGAGCCACCCCUGGGGCUCCCUGGGGGUACUCAUCCUUCCCUACCCACCCUUGAGGCCCCCCCAAUAAACCCACUCCCCUCUCCAAUGUCCUGGUGGGCUCCUCGUUGCUGCCAGAAACCUGCUGCUAAGUACAGGGCCCUAAACCUGAGGGAUCCCCCUCCUUGGGAUUGCCCCAAGACCCCAAGCAGGGUGAGGAUGAUGCCCUGGGACGGGUGACUCGGUGCCACAGGCUGUCCCCUUCCUGGGGGACACACGGAUCUCCACGAGUCUGCUCUUGCCCAGCCCAGCAUCAGAGAGCAGUGUGACAGAGUGGGGGGUCUCAGUGAACCCAAACCUUUCCCAGCUGAGGCAGGAGCUCAGAGAAGGACGCCCCAUGUCCCGGCAGCA